UACCAUGGCAUCUGGAUCCACUACAAAGAACCCCAUCUGUCUGGUGGAAAACAAGAAAAAUCAGCUGACAGCAAAUCCAAAAGCACUGGAGAUUCUUGACAAGAUCUCUCAGCCUGUGGUGGUGGUGGCCAUUGUAGGGCUGUAUCGGACGGGAAAAUCUUACCUAAUGAACCGCCUGGCAGGACAGAAGCAUGGUUUCACUCUGGGUUCCACAGUGAGGCCAGAAACCAAGGGCAUCUGGAUGUGGUGUUUACCCCACCCCUCCAAGCUGGACCACACUCUGGUCCUUCUGGACACUGAGGGCCUGGGUGAUGUAGAAAAGGGUGACCCUAAGAAUGACUCGUGGAUCUUUGCCCUGGCCGUGCUUCUGAGCAGCGUGUUCGUCUACAACAGCAUGGGCGCCAUCAACCACCAGGCCCUGGAGCAGCUGCAUUACGUGACUGAACUGACACAGCUAAUCAGGACAAAAUCCUCUCCCAGCCCUGGUGAGGAAGAUGACUCAGCCGAGUUCAUGAGUUUCUUUCCCGAUCUUGUUUGGGCUGUGCGUGAUUUCAUGCUGGAGCUAGAGAUGGACGGACACCCCAUCACUGCAGAUGAGUACCUGCAGCAUGCCUUGAAGUUGAUUCCAGGUGAGGAUCCUCAAAUCAAGAAAUCCAAUAUGCCUAAAUUAUGUAUCAAGAAAUUCUUCCCAAGGCAGAAGUGCUUUGUUUUUGACUGGCCUAUCAAUGACAAAAUAUCAUUACGUCACAUGGAGGAGGUGUCAGAAAACCAACUAGAUUUGAAUUUCCAGAAGCAAUCCAAAAUAUUCUGUGACUAUAUCUUCACACACUCAAAAGCUAAGACCAUAAGAGAGGAAAUAAUUGUCACUGGAAAUGGGCUGGGGAUUCUAGCAAAGGCCUAUGUAGACACCAUCAACAGUGGAGCAGUGCCUUGUUUGGAGAACGCAGUGACAGCUCUGGCCCAGCAUGAGAACGCAGCGGCCGUGCAGAAGGCAGCCGACCAUUACAGCGAGCAGAUGGCCCAGCGAGUGAGGUUCCCCACAGACACGCUCCAGGAGCUGCUGGACCUGCACGCAGCCUGUGAGAGGGAAGCCAUUGCGAUCUUCAUGAAGCGCUCCAUCAAGGACGACAAGCAGCUGUUCCAGAAGAAGUUAAUGGAAACUAUAAGGAGGAGGGAGGAAGACUUCUUGCAACAGAAUGAACAUGCAUCUGUCAAAUAUUGCCAGGCUCAGCUUAAGCAAUUUACAGAGCCCUUGAUGGAAAACAUUUCAAAAGGAACUUUCUCUGUGCCUGGAGGAUACAAUCUCUACUUAGAAGCAAUGGACAAGGUUGAACAGUCCUAUAACCUGGUGCCCAGGAAAGGAAUUAAGGCAAAUGCGGUCUUCCAGAACUUCCUGCAGGCACAGGCUGCAACAAAGGAAUCCAUCCUGCAGGCAGACAAAGCCCUCACUGCUGGGGAGAAGGAUCUAGCAGCUGAGCGUGCCAAAAAAUUGGAAGCUGAGAAGGAACAGGAGCUGUUAAGGCAGCAACUUAAUGAAAAGCAGGAAGAAAUGAAGGCUCAAGAGAAAAGCUUCGAGGAAAGCAUGGCCCAGUUGAAGAAUAAGUUAGAGAAAGAUCACGAGAACAGACUGAGGGAGUGGGAAGAAAUACUAGAGAAGAAGCUCAAGGUGAGUCUGGAACUAAGUACUACAAGUAACACAGAAGAAACUGAAAAGAUGAGAAAAGAGAUAAGUCAACUUAGAGAAGAGAUUAAAAACAGUAAAGGAAAUUGGUCUCAACUACUGAAAAGCAUUUGUAUUGCAGCAAGUGCUUCACUUUUUGCAGAAGCCACUCCUAUGACUGCUUUAUCAGGGCAAAUGAAACCAUUCCUGAAUAUAUUUAAGAAUAUUGGUAAAUGA